GGCCUUGACGUGCCUCGUGACUGCUAAAAUUAAAUCUAAAACAUAUUUCCUUCUGUAAAUAAAUCUCAGUCCCACACACCAGUUCAUAUUCCAAAGAAGCAAAACAUUAUUCUCCGCUCAUAUCUAUUUCUAUCUAAUCUAAUCUUAUCUAAUCUAUCUAAACAAAAAAGAUUUGCACUGCAUAUUUCUUUAUUUCUUUAUUUCUCAUGCAAACAUUUCAGUCAGCAUGUCAUUAUUUUUCUCCUGUUUUACUAUUCCUAUUUUAUUUAAAAUAAGUACAAAAGACAAAUCUUGGCCCUGGUGUAACAGAUUUCAUAAUUUUACGUGACACGUAUUGUUUGAAAACCUGAUAUUAAUAAACGCUAAACAUUUUCCAUUUGUGAUCAACUUAAGAGAUUGAAAAUAAAAAUCCACUUCAAUCAAAAACAACCUAAAUAGUGGAAAUGAGUUUUGAAAUUUACAUUUAUUGAUGUGAAAAUAUCCUAAUAAAAUAUAAAGAUCGAUAAUGGUACAUGAUAUAUUCUCUUUGAAAUAAGUAAUAAUGUUCUUCCCUUCAGUGUUGAUUUCGUAGGUUGUUUUGCACAUUUUCUAGUUUGCAAGUUAAAACCAUUUACUGUAUAUAGGUUAAAACUAAUGAGUUGAGUCAGUCUCGGUCUUAAAUGCACGUAAAUAACCCUUACGUCACGCCGUAACUUCCUACGUCAUAUGGGGGGGUUGCGUAAAGGGCGUGGUCUCCCGUGGACUUGCGGUCCAGCGCCAAAUUCAAAAACAGGGAAAGAAAAGACAAGAGCCGCAACAGUUGGGCAGCAGAAGCGGAGAAGACACACGGGUCUCACUACAGAAAGUUUAAGCUCAGUCUUUAUGUCGUCUUCAGUGAUGGAUGGUGUUGGCAGAGCCGUGGUCGGAGUCUGGCGGGCGCACACGGUCCUGGACGAGUCCGACGGGGCAGAGAGCUCCCCGGAGGCCCCCGACCGUUUCCGCAAACUCCGCUCCUCGUCUUCGCUUAACUCUCUGCGAAUGUCUCUGCGCAAGCGGCUGCCUCUUCGCUCUGUCCAGGCCAACUCCCUCCCUGAGAACCCGACUUGGGAAACCGCGAAGGAGGAACCGAAACCCAGCACGGUCCGCAAACUGACUCGCAGUGCUCGGAACUCCAUCACCGAAGUGUAUCAGAGGUUGCAGAGAAACAGAGAGUUUACACGUGAGGACUGUUUGGUUGCAACCCCUGGCCGUGAUGCAGAAAAUGCUGGUCCAUCCACUUCUUGCACUCCGAGGCGUACGCCUCGCCGAGCUGCGACACCCAGGCGCACCCCGAGAUCAGCGGUCACGCCCGGGCGUACUCCGGGCUCCAGGGGACGAAGGACGCCCGAGGCAAAUGUACGGGGUGUGAAGACAGGGGGAGGCAGGAGGCAGCUGGUCCGUAUGGCUGCGUUACGAAGUCCCUUUGCGUCGCCCAACACGCAAAACCAGAGGCUAAAAUUUGACCAAGAUUUGGAGUCGGUGUCCAGUGGACUGAGGAGGCUCAAACAUCUGUCCAAGGCCUUUGAUGACAUUAUUGGCAGAGACGACAGACCCAGUACGAAGGAGCGUUCUGGAGGCGCGGUGAUGAGAAAGUUGGACCCGAGCGGUAAACUCAGUCGCUCAAACCUCACGCGUCGAGCCACAAACCUCUCCAACACGCUGGGAGGAUGGGCCAACACAGCUGUGAACACUAUUCGCAAACCCAACUGAACUACACGACUGUGUGUAUGUAAGACGCAGGACCUUUUUGUAUUCAUGUGUUACAUUUAUUGUUACUGUGGUGUCACUGUUACAUGUACGUGUAGUGUUGUCACGAUAUUGGGAACUUCUUUUUUUAUCCGUGUUGUGUGUUUACACCUCUCAGGUUAGCUAGCUGUGGGUAGAGUAUCCCCAUUAUAGCCACCAAAGGGAUUGUUCUAAACUGUGGUGUAUGUAUUCGUCCUAGCUGCUACAACCAAAUGUCUUUAGUUUCAUGUUCAAAAUACUAAUAUUUUAGUUUGUGUUCUCACUCUGCGUUGAAACGUUUUUCUACUGUAGUUUCUGAAAGAGAUGCUGCACAACACCAAACUCGUAUCUGCACGGCUAACGCUAAAUUCACUGACAGUGAGGAGAGCCGCUUUCCUCUAUUUUAUAUUUUACACGUAUGCAAUAAUGUUACUACUAACUUUUUUUAUUAUUAUAUAUUAUAUGUGACAUUGGGAUUAUACCAAAAUUUUAAGUGUAUUUUCUAUGAAAGGGGACUUUUUAUAUAGCAUGCACAGUUACUGAAUGUGGUUUUUUUUUUCGCCAUAAUUUUGCGUCAGCAGAGGUCGACAGUUUUAACGGCCUGUGGAUGAUUCAUGCAGCAACACUGUUCACAUAAAUCAUUUGAUAAUGUGAUGGGGGAAGAUUUAAUGGCUCAUUACCAGAUGACGGCAAUGAUGAUGAUGUUGUUAUAAAGAAACGUCCAGUGAGUUAUUAGUGUAGCGACUGUCUAGCGAACCUCCUCAAAGGAAGCAAAACGCUCAUCUUAUUUGUUCUCCAUGUAUUGGUACCUCCUUUUUCUGCAUUAAUGAGGGAAAGAAAGGGAGAAAUCUUCUCUGUCUGAAUGUGAAAAACAUAUGUACACAAUAAAACAUGUAAGCUUCUACAAUGA